AACAAACAGAUAUGUAGGUGGGCUGGGUCCUGUUCAAAGUGCUUUACAUAUAUUGCGUUUUUUGACUUAUUUUAUAAACUUUGAUAUGAAUCAAAUGGGGCGGGUUAGGGGUAUUUUGAAGCAUGACUUACCUCGUAGCCACUCUCCGCUUCCCCCAAUGGAGAGAGGAGAGAUGGAAUUGAACUUCUCCGGAGGGCAAGGCCGCCUACUACUUUUCCCAGCUGUCUAGCCAGGCUGGAUCUAGGGGUAGGGGGCUCCACCCUCGCCCAGAUCCAGUCGUGGGAGGGUGAGUGGCUUUUUCCGGGUCACUGGCGCACCCUCUUUACUCCCAGCCACCUGCUUGGGUUCCAUCCCGGUUCCAGGCUCUCUGGUGGGCGUCAGGGACAUUCCAAUCCUCCCACCACCCGCGCGGAUGUGGCGGGGGAGGGGACGACUGCUCUCCCAUUCCAGCACCCGGCUUUGAGUAAAUUUCUUCUCCAUCUCUAGUGACCUGAGUUCCCCCCGAGAGGAAACUAAGGAUUGAAGAGUGGGCUGAAGGUUGUUUGUUUACAACGCGCCUGUUGGUGGAGCCGCAUCCCUAACGAGAGGCACUUUCUGGGCACCCUCUGCGCUCCAGCAGACAACUGAAAGCCAAACAACCCAGAUGCCUCCUCGCCAGACCAAAUAUGGUCACAAGCAGCCUCCUGUAUGAAGGCUGGCCUUGGUGUCUCCGCGUGCAGGGGCGCACCCGGUCCCGCCCUCGGGCAGAACCCUGGAUUAAUGCGGCGCUCCCGUCGCUCCCGGCCUCAGCACCGGGCGCGAAGGGAGGGCGCGGCGCCAAGGACCCGCCCUUCCUCCGCCAGGGCCCCUCACCCGCGAGCCCUCCGCCGCCCCAGGCCUUGGUUUCGGUCCACAAGCCCUUGAUUAAACAGGCCCAGGUCACUUUCCCUUUGAUCCGACCCAAGUCCGCGGUAAACUCAAAGGAAUGCACUUCCAGAGCUCCGCGGGAGAGGUCCGCGCGACCAAGAGUGGGUGGGGGGCAACAUUCUCCACUUAGCCUGCAAAGUACCCAUCACACCCAAGGUUUCCUGGAGCUGGAGUGAGGGUGGAAGGAGGAGGAGGAGGAGUAGGAAGGAGUAGGAAGGAGGAGGAGGAGGAGAAGGAGGAGGAGGGACAAGCGGGGGCAGGCAGGCUCAGGACUUGCAAUCAUGCAUAAUUCAACAGCUCAACUUUCGGGCCCGCCUCUUUCCUGGGAGUGGGAGUUUGCUCCAAACUUUGUUUAUGGGACAGUCGGAGAGCCGCGGCGGCCGCGCUGUCUGCUUCUCCUCCUCUUUCAAGAGCGCGAAGGCCUGAGACCAGAUUGGGGGAUGUGAAAGCCGAAGCUCCUCGACUGCCAGGUACCGAGGCCGGUCGGGAUUUGCCAACCGGGCUCCGGCUCCAAUCCUGCAAGAUCGGGACGCACCCCGAACGACCCAGGCCCGACGGCUGCCCCGCACGCCCAGACUUGGCUUCGCUGCGCGCCCAGAAGAUGAAUCCGGCCUCAGCGCCCCAUCCGCUCCCACCGCCCGGGCAGCAAGUGAUCCAUGUCACGCCGGACCUAGACACGGACCUCGAAGCCCUCUUCAACUCGGUCAUGAACCCCAAGCCCAGCUCGUGGCGGAAGAAGAUCCUGCCCGAAUCGUUCUUCAAAGAGCCUGACUCCGGCUCGCACUCGCGCCAGUCCAGCACCGACUCUAGCGCCGCGCAGCAGCACGCGCACCUCCGCCAGCAAUCCUACGACGUGACUGACGAGUUGCCGCUCCCCCCGGGCUGGGAGAUGACCUUCACGACCACUGGCCAGAGAUACUUCCUCAAUCACAUAGAAAAAAUCACCACAUGGCAAGACCCUAGGAAGUUGAUGAAUCAGCCCCUGAAUCAUAUGAGUCUCCACCCUGCCACCACUUCCACACCAGUGCCCCAGAGGCCCAUGGCCGUGUCCCAGCCGAAUCUCGUGAUGAGUCACCAGCACCAGCAGCAAAUGGCACCCAGUACCCUGAGCCAGCAGAACCACCCUACUCAGAACCCAGCAGCUGGGCUCCUGAGUAUGCCCAACGCGCUGACCACUCAGCAGCAGCAGCAGCAGAAACUCCGGCUUCAAAGGAUCCAGAUGGAGAGAGAGAGGAUUCGAAUGCGUCAAGAGGAGCUCAUGAGGCAGGAAGCUGCCCUCUGUAGACAGCUCCCCAUGGAAGCCGAGACUCUGGCCACGGUUCAGGCUGCUGUUAACCCCCCCACCAUGACUCCAGACAUGAGAUCCAUCACUAAUAAUAGCUCAGAUCCUUUCCUCAAUGGAGGGCCAUAUCAUUCGAGGGAGCAGAGCACCGACAGCGGCCUGGGGCUAGGGUGCUACAGUGUCCCCACCACCCCGGAGGACUUCCUCAGCAACGUGGAUGAGAUGGACACAGGGGAGAACGCAGGGCAGACACCCAUGAACAUCAAUCCUCAGCAGACUCGUUUCCCUGAUUUUCUGGACUGUCUCCUGGGAACCAAUGUGGACCUUGGAACUCUGGAAUCUGAAGAUCUGAUCCCCCUCUUCAAUGAUGUAGAGUCUGCUCUGAACAAAAGCGAGCCCUUUCUGACCUGGCUGUAGUCAGUAUAUUGUAACCUGUGUGCAGCCAUGACCUGACAUUUCCUGGGCCUCUUGGGAAAAGCGAUGGAGCAGAGCAAGUCUGCAGGUGAACCGCUUUCUGCCCCCAUGACUCAUGCUCCCUCCUUUCCAUGUGGCCAGUUUAAUCAUUGCCUGGAUUUGAUUGAUAGUAAACUAAGUUAAACAUAAAUAAAUAUUCUAUUUUCGUUUUCUGCAAGCCUGCAUUCCUGUGGUGGGUUAUGCAGAAUUGCGUUCCUGUUUUUCUCUCUGUAGCCCCAUGACUAAGCUUUAUGGGUGUUAAUUGAAAUUUUUACAUCAAUUGAUUAUAAACCAUAAAAAGUUGACCACAGGCAGUGAUUUCUGACAGGUGGCUCGGUCCAGGAAAUGUAUACAAAAUCAGACCUGAUUUACAGUUUUAAAGCUAUUGAUGACAAUAGUACCAAAUGCUUUAAAUAUUUACCUGAACUUUAAAAAUCAUCAUAUAAAUAGUAAAAUUUUGCUGUAUGGAAUACCGUGUAGUGCUGAAUCCAUCCUGGUUCUGAUGAUUCUUAUUACUCUGUAUUUACAAAGUCACACACAGUCCUCUUGUAGUUUAUGCUCCAUCAUUUUGGGCAUAGCAUCUGCAUAGCUAGUCCUUCCAGUGGGAGAGUGGCGGCAGCAUGCCAUAGUCCCUAUGCUGCGGAUCUUAUGAAUGACACCCGUUUGCUACUAAUUAUGAGCAUUUAUUAAACAAAACAUUUAAAAUUACAAGUUAUAUUUUUUAAAAAUUACUGCUUAGAAAUUGAUGUUUAUUUUAUGAAGCACUAUAUUUUGUAGCUGAUGACAAAGGGCAGGCAAAUAUUUUUGAUGAAUCAGUGGCAACUGCAUUUUUGUCUUUUGAAAUUGUUCUGAAAACAUCAGGACACAUAGCUUUCAGUCCAAUGGCACACACAGCAAGCUGUUGCUUUUUAAAUUCUGAAGCCUUGUCAGUUUUGCUUUUAAGAUUUCAAGUUUUAAAAUAGUCUUAUCUAUGAAACUGUUUGAAGGAUGAAGCAGAUCUCUGACUGACAUUUAAAAAUAUGUCCUCUAGAUGGUGUGUGGUGGAGGCAUAUGUUUCUGAAUUCAGUAAAAGUGAUUCCUAAGUAUAUUAUCCUAAUCCUUUUGUUACAGUUGGUAUAAAAAGGCAUGAAAUAUGUACUCAAUACCUCUUAUGUAACCAAAAAAUGUUUUUUUUAUUAGCUUUUAAGGACUGAGAGAGUGCAUCGGGUUCACCUGGCAUGCACUCUGUCUGCCAAUGAAGUCCUCAACUGUUUAGUGUUUUCAACUGACGUUAUUUAUAAUAUAUGAAUUUAGUAUCUUUUUUAAAAGACAAUAAUUGAGGUCUCUGGGAGGAACCUUUCAAUUCCCAAGGGGACUUAUUCAUUUGGGAUCGUAAAUGAGAUCCUUUUGAUCUAUCAGAAUAUAGAUGGGCAGAGUACCUUUUAUCUUGUUGGAAAGAAGGCACGUGGAAAGGUCAGAGAUUAAGUAGUAAAGUUAUGGAAUAUAGUGGAAAGGAUACCAGUUGUGAAAUGAAAAUAGACAAGCUAUAGUACCCCAAAAGCAAGACAGGCAGAAGGUAUGAGCAGUGCACUCCCAAAACAAAACAACAAUUUUCGACUACAAACUUUAUACCAAAAGACUGUUGUAGAAGAAAAGAAGGCUUUCGUGCACUUUAUGUGGUGGGGGAGGGGCAGGGAUGGAGCCCUGUUCAUGCUGAUGCUGAGCAGCAGGUGGACAGGGCAUGAGCCUGCUGUGCUUCCCACACAACGCAGCGAUUUCUUUUUCCUGAAGGACCCGUGAUUUAAGUUCCUUUUGUUUCUUCUCUCUCCAAGUCUCCGAGAGAGAUGGGGGUGAUGUUUAUGUUGCUACUAAAUUGAAGGAAGCACUAUUUCUUUUUCUCUUGUGUUAGCAAUAAUUGCAAAAAGAGUUGUACAUUCUAAGAAAGAAAAAAACAAAAACAAAAAAAAAAAACAAGGGACCUAACAAAACUGAGCAGUGUUACUGUAUUUUUAAAAAAUAUUUUUAUAGACUCAUUUUCAGGUUAUUAAGUGUAAAAGAAACAGAUACCCCUCUUUUUUUCCUAAAGUAGUUAAAACAUCGAUGAUUUGUAUUAUCAAUUUUUAGAAAUAAUUUCCUAAUAAGCUUGUGGCAUUAGAAAAUACUAGAAUUUUUUAAGUGAAAUUAGUUGAAACAUUUGUUAAUGAACAUAACAAACAUUUUUUUCAGAAUUAAACAUGGACUCUGACUAUGUGCUUACUAAUAGAUAAAGCCAGAUAUAAUUUUUUGUGUUUGUUUUUAAGGCCAUAAAAUAUGGCUUUUGUUAAAGAACACUAAAGCUAGAAAUCUAUGUAAGAACAGCUUUUUAAAGGCUACUUCCUAUUAUUAUGAGUGUUAAAACCCCUGCAGAAUCAUGAUAAGGUGCUAUUUAUACUGUUUUUCUUAUUAGAAAACAACCACCAGGAUAUCUAGUCUUUUUAGUUCUACAUCCAUCAACUUCAACAUUUCAUUCAGUAGUUUUGCCAUAGAAAAGGCAUAUUAAAAUUGAAAUAGGAAAGUAAUUUCAUGUAUCUUUCUUUCUAGGUCCCCCCCCCCCCCCCCCCCCCCCCACACCCCCAAACACAUUUUCUUGAAGUAAAUACAUUGUUAAAACCUAUUUGCAACUCCAUUCAAUCUAAGUAAUUCUUAGUGUUUCACCUUAGUAUUAGGAUGUGAAAUGCCAUCUCUUUCACUGAUUACACAGUCUACCAGAAGCACGUAAAACAGGAAAAAAAGACAGUAUGCCAAGGGGCUAUUCCCAGUUUGGCAGAAAAGCUCUCAGUAGAGGAAGGUGAUCUGAGUGAUAGGAGUAUAGGAGUGUUGCUAAUUACGAGUUGUUUUCUCAUGAUAUAAUUAGGAAGUAACUUCUGAAAGUACAACUUCUAUGAAAAAAAGAAAUUAUAGAUUAGUUUAAUUGGGAAAAUGGACCAUUGACAGAGACUGUUUCCCUAACACACUACAUCAUUUCUGUGCUAGUACUUUAACUUUUUACAAACUUUACUUCUACAUUUUAUAAUGUGUUUAAUUUUAAUUUAGAAUGCUAUGUGUACAGAGAGUAUGCAGCCAAAUCAGGCAGAUCAAACCAUUUUUUUGGUACUAGUUUUUACUUCUCUGAUUCUGUAAAAGAAAAAUAAAUACAAUUGAGUUUCCAUA